UUGUAAACGGUCACUCUAGUGGAAAACAAUUUGUAAACAAAAGAAGCUUUAAAGUUUGCCGGAGCAAACCAGACAUGACAGAAACGAAUCCCAGUGAAAUAGCUUCCCCAAGCGAAGAGACACCCGCGGAGGACGAAUCCACUAACCAAUCUCCGCCAGAGGCAGUGCUGAGCAAUAACUCCUCGAGUGUCUGCAAUGUUGUGGAGCCGGACGAUGAGCACGAAGUCAAUUCCGUGGAUCGGGAGGACACCGCCAGUUUGUUCAGCACUACUACAACCACCACCAGGAGCAAAUCGCCCAACACACGGAAAUUGAAUCGCCUGUGUCGGCGUGUUAAGGCGCCAAAAAUGGUUCAGCCUUUGUACAAAUAUAGCUCCCAUGUUCGCGAAGACCACAACCACCAGAUCUUCGGGGUGCAGUUCAAUCCGUUUCUGGACAGAAGCCAGCCGCAGGUGUUCGCCACCGUUGGCAAGGAUCGGGUUUCCAUUUAUGAGUGCGAGAGGAACACCGGCCAGGAGUCCUGCGAAGGCAUUCGACUGCUGCAGGUCUACGCAGACCCAGAUACUGAUGAAAGUUUCUACACAUGUGCUUGGUCUUACGACUCUGUGACCGGUGAUCCCGUCCUGGCCGCGGCUGGUUACCGCGGUGUCAUCCGCAUUUUUAACCCGGUGAAGCACCAGUGCAGCAAAAACUACAUUGGUCACGGUCACGCCAUUAAUGAGCUGAAGUUCCAUCCGACUAGACCGCAGUUACUACUGUCCGGCAGCAAGGAUCACUCUCUGCGCCUUUGGAACAUUCAGUCGGACGUAUGUGUGGCAGUUUUCGGCGGUGUGGAAGGACACCGCGACGAAGUGUUGUCAGUUGACUUCGAUUUGCGCGGUGAUCGCAUCAUGUCUAGUGGAAUGGAUCAUUCAUUGAAGCUCUGGCGACUGGAUAAACCCGAUAUAAAAGAGGCCAUCGAACUGAGCUCUGGUUUUAGUCCCAACAAAAAUACGGGUCCGUUUCCCACGAUCAAGGAGCACUUUCCGGACUUCUCUACGAGGGAUAUACACCGCAAUUAUGUGGAUUGCGUUCAGUGGUUUGGCGACUUUGUCUUUUCGAAAUCCUGCGAGAACUCAAUUGUGUGUUGGAAGCCGGGCAAACUUUCGGCCCCAUGGCAUGAGAUUAAGCCGCAGGAGUCGGCCACCACAGUCCUGCAUCACUUUGACUAUAAGAUGUGCGAGAUUUGGUUCGUCCGUUUCGCCUUCAACGCCUGGCAAAAGAUUCUGGCGUUGGGCAACCAACUGGGCACAACCUUCGUUUGGGAACUGGACUGUAAUGAUCCCAAUUUGACAAAAUGUAGCCAGCUAGUUCAUCCGAAGAGCAACUCCACCAUCCGGCAGACUUCCUUCUCCAAAGACGGUUCCAUUUUGGUUUGCGUUUGCGACGACAGCACCGUGUGGCGAUGGGAUCGUGUUAAUUAAGGCUUCUAGACUAUUAUAUUUUCUUUAAGAAAAAAGAUUUCUCUAAAUCAGAUACAAUAUUUAUUAAACCAAGAGUUCUCCUCAGUGUAA